AUGGAGCAGUCGCGAAACGAGCUGUUGGCGGCGACGUGUGUGUGGGCGACGUUGACGUUCUGCUUGGCCAUUUUUGGGGUGUUUGCUGUCUUGAGCUUGCGGAGUCUUCGGUUCAUUGAUUCGCCCGAUACACGACCUACCCUGUGGUUUUGUGUCAAGAGGCUCGGUCCUGUUACGUCCGUCUACUUAUCCGCCACGAUCAGCGUCGUUCUCUCGGCCACCUGCGUCAUCACGUACUUAACUUCGAUCGUGCCUGGUUUGUUCAAGUACACGAUCGAAUGCUACGUGACCACCUUUUCAUUGAUGGGGUACGUUACUGGAAUGUCACGCACAAUGGUUAAAAUCUACCAUGAAGAAACUUGCCAGGGUCGUGAAAAGCUUGCAAAGAAGGAGAAAGCAGCGCGGGAACCGAAAGGAUCGACACAACGCGAGCCCACGACUCGAUUACGGCGCGCAUCAUCGAGUUAUUUGCUUCGUUAUCGGACCCCUACAUUCUGGCGGACAUAUGCGAAAGCCGUCUCCGUGACCCUGCCGGUCUUUCUCGCAAACAUUUUUGUUCACGUCCUCAGUCGACAACGCCUCGUCGACCGAGAUGGAGUUGUGCUCACGGGCUUCGUGGUCGCAAGCAUAGUAUUUAAACUUGCCGUUCAAGAAAUUGUCAAGCUUUAUAUUUUCAGAAGACGCGUGCGCAGUGCGCGAGUGAUGUGUGUCCUUGUGGGGAUCCCAACCGUCAUCAUUGAUACCCAAACGAGGAUAAUUCUGAUAGGGAAGAACAACACGAACACUGCGGCAAUGGGCGCGCUCGGCAUGGCUGUGAUCGAGAUUUUCUUACGCGCUGGCAAGACCAUGCGCGUGAUGUGGGAGGUUCGACACCAUGAACACGCUCUGGAGCGGCAAAAUAAUGUCUCUUGUGUGGUCCACCAGCCUCAAGCGCCGAAAACUUCUUCCAAAACGUCCUCCCGCCCUUCGAUGACGGUCGGAAUGAACGACUUUGAGGUGUGGCGGCGACAAGUGCAAGCCUUCCACACGGCCGAGCUCAACGCUGAUAUGUACGCAGAGUACAUUUCGAUCGGGUGUUCAGCGUCUAUUCUCUUCUUUCACGGCAACCGCCCACACUACGCGUCACUAAGACAGGCUGCAGCAAGUACUGAGGCGACGACGAUGGAUAACAUGGCGUGGCGCGUGAGUCAGUUGAAGAUGCUGGGCUUCCAGAUCGGCAUCGAAAUCAUCGUGGACUACAUUUCGACGGUAUUGGAGAUGGUAAUCGGAAUUGAGUUCGACCACGUGAAGAAGCUCAACUCGUUUCUGGCUGCGAUGUUCAUUAUCACGGCCGUGAUGAACAUUAACAUCUCGGUCUGCAUUUACCUACGCUGA